CGCAUAAGCAGAGUGGUUGAAUAGGGCCCCACCCGAGGAGCGCUCCCUAGCGCGGCACCUGCGCGGACCAGAAAAUUGCAGGCUUUCUUGUACCAGGCAUUUACUGAGCGCCCAGUGUAUGCCACCUAAGUGAGCACGACCAAUGUAGUCUAUCAGGGAGGCCCUGACCGCCAAGCCCUGGGCCCCUGCGGUCCAUCAGGCCACCCCCGACACCUAGCACGCCGCCCAGCACACCGUAGGCGCCCAAUAACUGUUGUGCUCGAAUGACGGCCGCGGAGGCCCGGCGCUAGCGCUACAGGGAGAGGGUGGCGGGCGCCUCCUCUAGGGGACGCGACGCGGGCGCGGCGAGGCGGGGCGCACCUUCACGCUGGCGGUGCGGAUGGCGGCGCAAGGCGCAGGGCCAGGGCCGGGGUCGGCUGCGUCCCCGGGGCUGGAGGUGGCCCGGCAGAAGCUGGCGCUGCGGCGGAAGAAGGUGCUGAGCGCCGAGGAGAUGGAGCUUUACGAACUGGCGCAGGCAGCGGGCGGCGCCAUCGACCCCGAUGUGUUCAGGAUCCUGGUGGACCUACUGAAGCUGAACGUGGCCCCCCUCGCCGUCUUUCAGAUGCUCAAGUCCAUGUGUGCCGGGCAGAGGCUGGCGAGCGAGCCCCAGGACCCUUCGGCCUUGUCUCUGCCCACGUCGAGCGUGCCCGAGACCCGAGAGGCCUCCUUUCUCUCUGCCAGGAACAGUAGCCCCCCUGGGAGGCCCUCCUUUUCCUCUGGCCUGCAGCCUGCAGCCUCUCCGGUUCUGCUCCACAGCCUGGCUGCCACACACUCGCCUCUCUCUCCAGGCCCCCCAGGUUCCCUCCGCCUCUCUUGCUGCCUGUUCUCUCCUUUUGCAGGGAGAAACAAAGGCAGCACUGCCCUCACAGGAGCACUGGCCCUGGCAGAACACAGCAGCCGCGAAGGAUCCAGCCAGAGGAUGCCGCGCCAGCCCAGCGCUACCAGGCUGCCCAAGGGGGGUGGGCCUGGGAAGAGCCCUACGCGUGGCAACACCUAGGAUGGGGCAGAGACUUACCACAAGACUUUGUCCCCAGCAAAGGCUACAUGUUAUCUACUUCAGUUGAUAAUAAACCUUUCUGAGAUUCA